GGUAGAAAGAAAACGAGUGAGUUGUGAAGAGUGAACAAGAGAGUUCUCUUUUCUUUAGGGUUAGGGUUGGCAAUGGAUAGAAGAAGCAUUGUGGUAUGUGCGGUAGUGGGGGUUUUAGGGCUCGUAUCGGCUCUUUUGGGGUUUAUUGCAGAGGCCAAGAGGAUAAAGGGUUCCCAGGUUACGUUUUCAUCUCCAUCUGAAUGUGUAUACCCCCGGAGUCCCGCUCUGGCACUUGGAUUAACUGCUGCUGUAUCUCUUAUGAUUGCCCAAGUCAUCAUCAAUGUCGCCACUGGUUGCAUCUGCUGCACCAGAGGACCCCAAUCAGCAGCAUCUAACUGGACCCUGGCUCUUGUCUGCUUUGUUGUCUCCUGGUUCACCUUUGUGAUGGCAUUCCUUCUGCUGUUAAGCGGGGCGGCCCUAAACGAUGAGCACGGACAAGAAAACAUCUACUUUGGGAACUACUACUGCUAUGUGGUGAAGCCUGGAGUCUUUGCUGGAGCUGCAACCCUGUCCCUGGCAAGUGUCAUCCUUGGCAUCAUUUAUUAUCUCACCUUCAAUUCCACCAAGCUAGUUGACGAUCAAACAGGAGGCAUUGUUAUGGGGCAGCCUCACCCCCAUCAAGAUCCUGUUUUUGUGCAUCCGGAUACCUACGCUAGACGCCAACUCGCUUAGAUCCCUCCUUGUCUUACAAAAUGUAUCCACUCCACUACCAGGAUCUCCAUCUUUCUGAUUAAUGAAAACUCUGUUUCAUUAGAUGCUAAUGUGGUGUGGUGGUUUCUUUUAAAAGAAAUAUUUAGGAGACCAAUUCAAUUGAGGAAAAGACACCUCCUACUGUGAUGAACUGCAUACAAAGGUCUUGUGCAGAACCCUCAUUGUUGCUGCAAUCUUGUGUUUUGUGGUUGUCUCAUUAAACUUUCAAUGCUGCUGCAGAACACUGACUGAUGUGAAGAGGUUUAAUUAUACACAUAAGUGAGUUUAUUCAUUUU